CUUUCUUUCUUUCUUCCUAUCUUUCUUCAAGGACUCGCAUAGCGUGGCGUGGGCAUACCCUGUCGAUUUUUUUGUUGCUGUAUGAAGGUGUAUGAUGAUGUGGAUUUCUUUCCUUUGUUGCGUUCUGUUAACGGUCCCCCAAGCCAGAUGUAUUGUUUUGUCCACGUGCGAUGUCUACUGUGUUUCCUUUUGUGGCAGCAUUGACCAUUACGAGUCAGGGUCUCUGUCCAUGCCUCAUGGUGUAGACCUUGCUAUUUCUGUGGGCGCUCAAGACCUACCCGUGUCUUGUGUGACGUCCGUCAACGAAUCCGCGUCUGAAAAUUUCCUUCAAUAUUGUCUCCCAGUGCGCUGUUGGCAAGAUGCCCAUCAGCCCUGGACCCUCAACCAACCCAACCCAACCCAACCCUCAUGACCUGUAUGUUAUCACAGUUUCUUAGGGAAACAAAAGCGUUUUAGUUAUGUUCAGAUGCAAGCCUCUUACAUCGUUCACAAUUAAAUUCGAAGCCA